UUCCAUGGAGAGCACCCAAAAUAUUCGAAUCGCCUGCAAUCCAGUUCAUAGCGCUAGCGCGAAGUUCUUCCUCAUCGGCGAGACAGGGUCUCCGACUCUCCGGUCGCUUACCGCUCGCCGAUUGCCUGUGGGUCUCGCCGUCAAUUUCCGCUUGUUGUGUUCCCUCUACGGUCCCCAUACUUCAGACGAACUUCUACCGUCGAGUGCCCUAGACUUUAUUUUGUUUGGUUAGAGAUGGCAUUUCGAGGUCGUGGUCGAGGUCGAGGGCGAGGAAGAGGUGGAUUUUUUGAGUUUAGGAUGGCAAAGCACGAGCCUUUUAUCGAUUUUCCAGAAAAUGUAAACUUACCUGAUGUGUCAAUUUUUGAAAAUUUAUCAAAUGAAGAGAAGAUGCUUAUAAGUGGCAAAGUAAGGUUAGAAAGAUUUUGGAAGAGCUCUCCUUAUUAUUUGGAGGAUUCAAAAAGACAAGAUGCUGAGGUCGAGCAAUAUGCUGAGAAGCUUAAGCGCAAGGGGCAGCAACUGCAACAUUUUGGAAUUUACAUGAAGAUUAAUUUGUCAGCUGAACUGAUCCAAGGUGAAAAAAGGGGACAUGUUGACAGCAAAAGACUUCGUUGGGAUACAAGACGAGAUGAAUUCAGCUUGUUUGAAAAGCUUGAAGAGAAAGAUAAGGAUGGUGAUGUGAAGAACAACGGUGUAAAAGAAAACAAUAAUGGAGAUGAAGAAGCAGAAGCAGAUUUAGAGAAGGAAGAGGCAGAAAGCUCUGAGGAUGAUUAUGCUAUGAAUGAAUACUUCGAUGAUGAUGAGGAUGACUUUAACAUAGAUGAUGAACCAGAAGAAGAUUACUAUGAGUGAAGGAGCAGCACUUCAAUGUCAGCUGCAAGCAAAGGUCAAUCGAUCGGAUGUUUCAGAUCUCAAUACAUUUGCAUUCUUGCUACUUGUCAACACGAUUAAGAUAGAUCGUGUGGUUUUUAGACAAGUAAUCAAUUAAUAGUAUGUUUAGGAUAUUUUUCUAUCUGCUUUGGUUUUGAUACCGUCUUUUUACCGUUGGAAUGAUCGACAAUUGUUCUCAGUUUUAUUAUUAUUUUUUCAAAAUUUUAUGUGGGAGUGUGGAUCAAAGAGCACAAAUGUGGGGCUCUAGAAAAAGAAAAAUAUAAGUAAAAUAAGUCAA